AUGGACAAGCGGUGGAGAGUGACAGGACUGAGAGGGCCUCACUACUUCCACAGGGAUCCCCCUCCCAUUACUGAAGUGAAACCAGCAUCCGUUUGUCCCUGUUUGUUUCAGAAAGUGAAUGCGGUUCUAGAGAGUCCAACAGGUACUGGUAAAACUCUGUGCUUGCUGUGUUCAUCUCUCGCCUGGAGGGAGCACUUCAAGGACACUAUUUCCGCCCGUAAGAUUGCAGAUCGGCUGAAAGGAGAAGAGAUGUUCACAAACACAACCCUGGCUUCUUGGGGGACGGCAGUGACAGACGGAGAAACACCAAUUUACUACACAGAUGUGCCCAAGAUCAUAUAUGCAUCCAGGACACACUCUCAGCUCACACAGGUCAUCAGCGAGUUAAAGAACACCGCUUACAGACCGAAGGUGUGUGUGUUGGGUUCCCGAGAGCAGUUAUGUAUCAAUCCCGAAGUGAUGCGCCAGGAAAGUAAUCACGUAAAGGUCCAUAUGUGCAGAGCAAAGGUUUCCACCAGGUCGUGCAUCUACUACAAUAAUGUUGAAGAGAAAAGCAGUGACGGAGAUUUGAUGAAUUCUAUCCUCGAUGUGGAAGACCUCGUCAAAUAUGGAAACACACACAGAACCUGUCCUUACUAUCUUUCACGUAACAUGAAACAGCAGGCAGAUAUCAUAUUUAUGCCGUACAACUACCUCUUGGAUCCAAAGAGCCGCAGAGCGCAUAAUAUUGACCUGCAGGGAUCAGUGAUCAUCUUUGAUGAGGCUCACAAUCUGGAGAAGAUGUGUGAAGAGUCGACAUCGUUUGACUUGACUCCGUACGACCUCGCCUCAGCAAUCACCGCUGUAGACAGGCUGCUGGUGGAGCAGGCUAAAGAAACAAGCCAAGGGGACUGUCUUACUGAAGAUGACGCUGUUGGUACUUUUGGUUUGAAACUGAACGUAACCAGCAUUGCUAAAGUAAAACAGAUACUGCUUGAUCUGGAAGCUGCCAUUGAUUCUUAUGAUGUUCCAAGUGAUAGAGGGAUCACAAAACCUGGAAGCUUCAUCUACGAGCUCUUAGAAAAAGCCCAUCUGACCUACAGCACCAAGGCGAUGUUCUACGAAGCUUUGGAGGAAAUCACUGGCUACUUAGCAGGACGCUCUGGAAUAUUUGUGAACACCAGUGGAUUGCAGAAGCUGGCUGAUAUCAUACAGCAAGUGUUCUGUGGUGAAGCACAAGGAAAUGACAAAGGAAAGCAGAUGGUGUCCAGCGCAGCCCAUUUUAAAGUUCAUAUCCACCGAGACAACAGCUAUUACAAGAAAAAAGCAAAUGCUGAUGUUUGGGCUUCGUCUGCAAAGAAACCAGGCAACAUUCUGAGUUACUGGUGUUUCUCACCUGGCUUCAGCAUGCAGGAUCUGGUUGGCCAAGGUGUGCGCAGUAUCAUUCUCACCAGUGGCACCCUGUCUCCACUUUCCUCCUUCACUUCUGAGAUGCGGAUCUCCUUCCCUGUACGUCUGGAGAACAGCCACGUGAUUGAACGGGACCAGAUCUUUGUUGGUGUGAUUGACAGAGGCCCAGAUGGAGUGCUGUUAAGUUCAGCAUUUGACAGAAGGUUUGUUCCUGAAAACAUGGCAUCUUUGGGCAACACAGUAGCAAACCUAAGUCGUGUGGUUCCUCAUGGCCUGCUGGUGUUUUUUCCUUCUUUUCCCUUAAUGGAAAAAACUCUGCAAUUCUGGAAAGAAAACGGCCACGCAGACCGCAUUGAAAACACAAAGUCGAUCUUCGUUGAACCGAAGGGAAAGGGCACCUUCACGGAGGUUAUUGAUGGUUAUUACACCAAAGUCAGUGACCCAACUUCCAAAGGAGGAACCUUCUUUGCCGUGUGUAGAGGAAAGGCCAGUGAAGGGUUGGAUUUUGCAGAUGUCUUUGGCCGAGGUGUCAUCAUCACCGGCCUGCCUUUCCCACCUAAGAUGGACCCGAAAGUGAUCCUGAAGAUGCAGUUCUUGGAUGAGAUGCGAGGGAAGAAGAUUCCUGGGGAACAGUAUUUGACUGGGCAAGAGUGGUACAGGCAGCAGGCAUACCGGGCAGUCAAUCAGGCCAUCGGGAGAGUUAUUCGACACAAGGAGGAUUUUGGAGCCAUUUUCCUGUGUGAUCAGAGGUUUAAAGCUGCUGAUGUGCGCUCACACUUGCCGUCCUGGGUUAAGCCUUACAUGAAACACUAUGACAGCUUUGGAAGUCUUGUCCGUGAUGUCACAAAGUUCUUCAGGGUUGCACAAAAGCUGAGGCCUUUCAUUGAGAAGAAGCCUGCAGCAGAGAGUUGGGCUGCCAUGUCUUCAGUAGAAGCUCAGCUGUCAGGUGUUGCUUCCUGCUGGUCCUCUCAGAGCUCUGGCACCCAAAAGGCCAAAGAGCUGGAUGCCCACAUUCCCAGUCUGAAGAGAAGGAGGUUAAAUGAAAUUGGCAAAUCAAAUGCGAUGGCCGGCAUUUGUAUAGAGUACGAGUCUGAGGUGCAAGAAAGCCACAGGAAACCGGCGACCCUGCUGAAUGCUCUGGACAGCACUGACCACCAGAGAGCAGACGAACGUGACGGUGCUACAGGAGAGACCAAGGUGACUCGCUUUUCAACACUGUCCCUUCAGUAUGACAAGAGGAUUGAUGACGGGUUGCGAGGAGGAAAGCGUAAAAUCAAAGUGGUCCAACAAGAGCAACAUCAGACCUCAGACAAUGUUUGUGAGGAAGGCAAAGCCAACAGAGCAAAAGAGUUCCUGGCAGAGAUGAAGAAGUCCCUGAGCCAAGUCACCUUUAACCGAAUAGUGCAAGCACUGCAAAACUAUAAGAGAACUGAUGAUCUUGAUGUGCUGUUGACUGAGACCGUUGUGUUAAGUGAAGAUACCAACACUCACGGCCUUCUGCGUGGCUUCUACCAGUUUGUGCGGCCACAUCACAAAAAGAGGUUUGAUGAGCAGUGCCUGGAGCUGACAGGGCAGGGCUGUGGGUAUAAACCCGAUCACUCACUCUCUAAGGAAGAGAAGAACACACUGAUGCUGCAGGCUGCUCUGAAUAGACAAGCUGCUGAAGCCGUCAGCUCGUCCCGUGAGCCCUGUACGGAGACUCAGCUAAGUACCCAAGAACUCAACAAAGGAGGACGUCACCUCAGCCUGGACGGCUUACGAGAGCCUCAGAGCGGUUGUGUGAGACAGGCUGCACAGACUCAAAUCCACACUGUGUUCUUAGCUGAUGUGAAGAAGUCGCUGGGAGCAGAAAAAUGCGCUCGACUCUUUCAGGCCGUGCACGGCUAUAAGAGGACGGAGGACUACGAGCAGCUGGUGGGGACGGUGGUGAGCUUGUUAACGGAGAGAAACGAGGACUUCGGUCUUCUCGUCAGGUUUGGCACAUUUAUUCGGCCUCAUCAUAAGAAGCAGUACAAACAGAUGUUGUCCGAUUUGGCCGGUGAAUCAGACCAACAAAGACCAGGAGCUGCCCCGCCUCCUUCAUCUCCGUCCACCUGAUCUCCAUCCUAUCAGGGGCACCUGCACCGCACCCUUAUCAGCCCAACCCUGUUACCCCCCCCCCCCCCCCCCCCCCCCCGCAUCAGACUAAAAACCAGUGUUAUUAAAGUUCUGUGUUCUUCCA